AUGUGUUCGUCUAAGUACAGCUUUGAUCAUCCAUCUAAAGUCAUCAUCACUUGGGAAGUUCCGUCUACUGCUUCUGGUUUUGAUAACCAGGCUUAUGCUCGCGGGUUAAGGUCUGUGUUGAAAUCGCAUCGUCAGAAUAUGGAUCACAAAGAGAUGACUGAUUAUCGUUAUUCAUGCAAGUUACUUAUGAAUUCUGCUAUCGACGAAUGGACCUUGCUGACAUAUAAUCUUGUUAUCGAAGGUUCUGAUCGUGUUAAUACAAGCGAUCAUGCUCAGAAGACCUUUCUAUGGGAUUUUGCGAGGAAUGCUUGGGUUAUGAAUAAAGAAUCUAAUGAAGAUAGUGACUCUGAUGAUACCGAGGUGUUAUCUGGUCGUGGUACUGAUGAUGAUUAUGGUUUUGAGGAUUAUAUGGGAUCUGAUUCAGAGACGCGUGAUGAUACUGAUGAUAUGGACCAAACAGAUGAAUACGAUUCUGAAGAUGAUUUUAUUGACGACGAUGAGUCUUGUGAAGGAUCUGAUGGUUCAAGUGAUAACUCAAAAGGUGAUAGCGAUGAUGACGAAGAUGAAGAUGAUGACGAUGCUGAUCUAACUGAUGAUGAUGAAGAUGACGAUGAAGAUGUUAUGUUGGAUGAUGAGACUGAGAUUGACGAUGAUAGUGAAGAUCAGCGAGACGUCGAACUGAGUGAUAUACUCAUCGAAAAGAAUAUUAGUAUAUCUGGACACCAGAAUUCGGGUGUUAAAAUUCAGGUUACUGUUAGGGAUGGUGAGAUCGGUGUCGCAUCGUCUCGCAUAGAUGUUGGCAAGAUCACUAUAUCUUCCACUUCUCCUACUAAGUUCGAACUCAAUCCCCGUAUUCUUGAGUUAGAUGAGUUUUUGGAACAGUGUAAUCAGUCUUAUCCAGAGGCGAGGAAUCUUUUAUACUCGGAGAUUCCUUCUAUGUUUGUAUGGGAUCGUAAAAAUAGGACAUGGAGGCCGAGACUAAAGGGAAAUUCUGGUGCGUGUGUUGUGGACGAAUCGCCGACAGAGUACGGAGAAGAGUAUUAUAUGAGGCUCGUAUUGGACCUAGUUAGGGGUCUACGUAGUUUCGAUGAUAUUAGGACUGUUGGUGGAGUCGUGUAUCCUUCGUUUAGAAGUGCAUACCAUGCAUUAGGGUUCAUUGCUUGA